AUGCCGCCGUCAUGGCGAGAUGGCCUCGUCAACGCAUUUCCGAUCCCACAGGAUCGGAGGAAAAACAAAAAGGGCCCAAAACAUAUCAUUGCCGUAUCACCUGUUACUGUCAAUGCCACCAACGAAAUGAUUUCGACUGGUUCUGAGAAAUACUUCCCUUUCGUCGACCUCCCGGCAGAAAUUCGCAAUCACAUCUACACGUUAGUACUCUUCACUACCGCAGGCUAUCGAGGAAUGGAUGGAAGGAAGAAGUCUCGCACGUCUAUCCUAGCUGUGGACAAGAAGAUGCAUCUGGAGGCAGCUUAUGUGCUGUACAGCUCACAGAGCUUCAGAAUCUUCCCAAUCCAGGACUUCGUGCCUUUUCCAUUGGUGUCGGAACUCCGGCCAAUUUAUCGGCCCAUGGUGACCCAACUAGAGAUGACGGUAGGAUCUAGCUGGACCAGUCCGCCCAAGACGUGGCGGGUCAGCAAACUCCUAGCAAAACGUCUUGGAAGGUUGACCGAAGUGCAGACACUCAACGUCUUCGUGACACUUGAUCCAAGUGGGCCGAUGUUUGAGAAGUAUAGCAUAUCGCCAGACUUCUAUACUAACUUUUGCGGCAAUCUACUUCGCGAUGUCUUGGUCGUGGUGCCACACAUAAAAUUCGUCACAAUGGGUGGAAAUCCAAGCAUCGACUCCUUGGGUCCUCUGGUAACCCGCCUCAAGGCGGAAGCAGAGGCUAAGGGCAAGUCAAUUUCGAUGGGUAAGACCAGGCCACUCGUCACACCGGACGGCUUGCAAAUGGUCUUUGAGUAG